CGUAAUCCUUGUUGAAAGAUUUUUUAAAUGAGUGGUUAUUUCUUAUUAGAAUAGUUAACUCUUUUAUUUCAAUGAAUUAACAUGAUAUGAAAACAUGGAGUACAGAAGAAAUAGAUGAAAACAAAACACAACAUGGACAUGCAAUGACACAUUAUUUUUUUAUUGGAAACUAGUAACCUGAACGGAGUUGAAACAAGAUGGCAAUGUCUCAUAAAAGAAGAAGUAACAAAAUAGACAUCGAAUCAUUACUGUUAUUACGUCAGAGAAAAGAGGAGUUAAAAAAACUGCCAAUUCCAGCCGACCAAAACAUAUCAUUUAAGAAAUAUGAAGUUACCGUGACCAAAACUAUGACAAAGACCAAAAAAGAUAUCGAAAGAGUAUCAAAGUAUGCUUCAGAUAUCUUAGAAGAACUCAAGAAUGUAAGAGAACUGGUGAAAUUUUGCAGCGUCAAAAUUGGUGAACAACUUCAAGAACUAAUGAAAAACUACCUUAUAAAAACAGUUGAAUCAUCUGCCCAAGAUUUUACCGAAGAAAAGACACUUACUAGGAAAGAUAUUGACAUGAAAGCAUUAGAACAAGUCAAUAUUUUGCAAGGACUUGCAAAACAACAGCAAGAACUGAUGGAGUUCAUAGCGAAAACAGAGGAUCUGGUUAUAAAGAUAGAAAAGAAUGCAGAUUUGUCCCUAUCAGAUAUACAUGGUGUUAAAGGUCAGAUGAAGCAAUGGUGUGAUGGUUUGGAGACAUUGGAAGAAAAGGAAAGAAAAAGGAGAAAAGAACAGGAAGAAGUAGAACGAAAGAAAAUGGAAAAAGAAGAAGCAGAACGCCUGACAAAAGAAGAGGAAGAUCGGAAAAAACGAGAACAGGAAGAGGCUGAGAAACGAAAAGCACAACAAGAAGAACGGGAAGCUGAGGAGAAACGACGAAAACAAGAGGAAGAAAAGAAAAAGAGGGAUUGGAAAAACUGGCCACCUUUCAUAUAUUACAAUACAACUCAAAACAAAUUCCGACAAGAUAUCUGCUGCGUUAUAUUUACACUGCCUGAUGGAACUAAAGAUGGUGAUUUUGUCUGUAAAAGCUCUGACGGCGACGACGAUCUAGACAAAUGUUUGGAAACCAAUGACGAGCAAGUUAUAUCCCCUUUAAUCACAAUAAAAGCAAAGAUAGACAAAAAGACAUUAGAGUUACCAAUGCGGGUAUAUGUGCCAAUUGUAUCGCACACUGAAAGUCUUCUGCCUACACUGAAGUUCUCAAUUAAAGGUCAGAAAUGGAGAUCUGGAAAAUCUCUUCCAGAAAUUCAGCUACCUAAAGUGACAGGUAUUUCCUUUAUUGGAAUAGAACUGCCAUUUAAUCAAUUGGAGAAUGUUCAGUGUGUUGCUGUUGCUAGACACAAAUGACAUGAAACCGAAGUCAAUGCUGGAGGAAAGAUUUAUGAACCAGAAGUUGACAGGAAUAUCAAAAUCAAGUUUCCACAGAAAGCGUUUGCUGGAAAGACUAUUGUUGCCACUAAAGUAUUUAUUGGGAGAACAUAACAUAUCUGACAUAGAGGGA